UACAUCUCUGUCAUCAUAAUGAUUAUGCAUAUCAGAUCUUCAGGAUAAUAAUUGAUCGCCAAGAUUGUCUUGUUUACAUUUGUCACGUGGUUCAUCAGCUGAUUUUUGUUUACAUGUGGACCCGAAACAGCGUUACCUCUACGCUGAAGAAUGGAGUUUGCAGGACUGGAUGAUGACCUAUUUGAGGUGGAACGUGAACGAGCCAAGGCAGAUGAGGAAUAUUCUGCUCGCUUUUGUGACGAUUGCUGGUUCAUGGAUGUGGGACCAGAGGAACUUGUGUCGCAGGAGGAUACCUUGAGUGUACAGAAAUAUAUUGCUGAAUAUCUGUUUUUAAGAAAAGAUUAUGAAUCUGCUAUUCUCAAAUAUAAUGAAAUUUUAUCUGACUUGUCUGCUGGCAACAUAGCAACUAAAAGAGAAUGUUGUGAAGGGAUUGCCAGAAGCCAUUUAAAAAAAGGAACACCUAAGGAUGCUAUUGAAUAUGCAGAAAAAUUGCAUACAACAUCAAAAACAGUGGAACAAGCAACUGUAAGUUGUUCUCUGUUAGUGGAUGUAAACCUAGCAGCAGGGGAAUUCAAAGAUGCUCUUUCAGCAGCACAAACACUUGUAACUCUUCACUCAUUUAACAGUGAUACCUGGUUGAAGCUGGCUUGUGUAUAUGCAGCUCUCUACAAUGUUGCCAUUCCAAAUGUACAAGAUCUCAUGAAGUUUUCUGUUUCAGCAAAGGUUAGGAUAGAAAACACAGACAGUGGUUUAGAAACUUGUGAUAAUUCAGAUGACGAAAUUCUAUUGCUCGGGGAUUCAUUGUUGAGUUUGACCAAUGAAGCUGAUCAGGAUGUUUCUACAAUGGGGGAUAUUGAUGUGGCAGUGCAGUUUGUUGCAGCCUCUCUCCUGAGGUCCUUUGUUCUUCUGAAGAAAACGGUAGGAACAGCAGUUGGCUUUGCCGCUGGAUUUAGUGUGUUGUAUCAGAAGAAAAUUCUCAAGGACUUGAACAUGUUGAUGCAUGAAGAUGCACUGCAGUAUUUGCGACAACAAGUUUUGAAAAGUGGAGACAUAAUGGAGAAAAUGAGCGUUCCAUUACAGGAUGUGACAGACUUUGUGGACAGAGGGAGUUCCAAAUUCAAGUCAGAAGAGAACGAGAAUUGCUUUGAGGGAAUAUCACAGCAGAACUUUGAGAGUCGAUGGUUCAGCUGGAUUUGCUGAGACACAAAAGAACUGAGAGAAAGAAAGAAAAAAGUGGAAGAAAAUAAAUUACCAUUAAUACAUUAAUUUGAUUGAAAAUAAAAAUUAAAGAAUGACA